GGCCAGAACCACCCGGACGCCUUGCGUACGGCCUGCAAUCUCGCGGCGCUGCUGGCGGCCAUGGGAAACACCAGCGAAGCGGAGAAGCUCUACCGGCACGCGGCCCAGGGCUUGGAGGCGGAGCUGGGCCCAAAGAACUUGGACACCCUGUACUGCCUCAGCAAGCUGGCGCAGGUACUCAAGACUCGGGGCUACGCCCAGGAAUCCGAGCAGUACCUGCAGCGGGUGGUGAAAGGCAUGAACCAGAAGCUGGGGGCCCAGCACCCGGACACCUUGUGCAACGUGGCGGCCCUGGCCUCCGUGAUGGAGCAGCUGGGCCGCGCCCAGGAGGCGGAGCCGGUGCAGAACAAGGCUCUGGAUGGCUUCAAGGGACGCCUCGGCGACAGCCACCCAGACACGGUGGAGAGCAAAAUGGGCCUGGCCUCCAUCCACACAGCCCUGGGCAAGCACGAGGAGGCCGAGCCCUUGCUCCAGGAGGUGCUGGAGUGGCGGGAAAAGAAGCUGGGCCCUCUGCACCCGGACACGCUGGUGUGUCUGAACCGCCUGGCGGAGACGUCUUUGGCCCUGGGCCACCUGAGACAGGCGGAGCAGUACCACCACCGCAUCAUCAAGGUCCGCGAGGGUUCCUCGGGCACGGACCACCUGGAGACUCUGCAAGCGAUCUCCAACCUCGCCUUCAUGUACAAGCUGAUGGGGCAGUUGGACAGGGCGGAGCCCCUGUACCGGCGCGUCCUUGCCAGUCACGAGAACCACCUGGGCCCUGCACACAACGUCACCGCGGCAAGCGUUUCGAACCUGGCCACGCUGCUGAAAGAGAAGGGCAGGUUCCAGGAGUCGGAGGCGCUGUUUCGGCGCGCCCUGCAGACCCGGGAGGCCAAGCACGGCAGAUUGCACCAUGACACCCUGCAGAGCGUCAACGACCUGGCGGGCUUGCUGCGGCUCAAAGGCAGCUACGACGAGGCGCAAAGCCUCUACGAGCGUGCGUUGGCCGGGCGCAAGGCCCUGCACGGGCAAGACCACGCGGAGAUCUACCGAGUGAAGAACAACUUGGCCUUGCUGCUGAAGGACCGCGGCGAGAAGGCCCGCUUCGACCUGCAAAAGGCGGAGCAGCUCUACCGGGAAGCACACGCCGGCGCCAGCGCCAAGCUGGGCCUGGACCAUCCCGACACCCUCACCUUCGAGCACAACUUGGCAGUGCUACUGGGCCACUCGGAGGAGGCGGAAAAGCUGUACCGGCACGUGGUGCAGGGCAGAAAGAAGCGGCUGGGGAAAGAGCACCCCGACACUUUGCGCAGCGUCAGCAACUUGGCCUGCCUGCUGGAGUAUAAGGGCGAUGUGCAGACGGCUUUGGACAUGCAAAACAGCGCCUACAAGGGCCUUCAAAAGAGGCUGGGCGAAGACCAUCCCGACACACUCACCUGCAUGAACAACUUGGCCAGCCUGCUGAUCACUCUUCAGCAUUUCAAGGAGGCGGAGCCCUUGUGCCGCCGCGCCCUGAAGAACCGCGAGAAGAACCUGGGCCGUGACCACCGAGACACCCUCACCUCCGUGAACAACUUGGCUUACCUCCUGAAGGCCAAGAAGAUGUACGCGGAUGCGGAGUACUACUACCGCCGGGCGCUGGAGGGCUUCAUGCACACCUUGGGACCGGAUCACCAGGACACGCUGCAGACCGUGUACAGCUUGGCGACCUUGUUGGAGGCCAUGGGCCGGUACAAGGAGGCGGAGCCUUUGACGCGGCAGGCCCUCGAGGGCUUCAGGAGCAAGCUCGGGGCAGACCACCCGGACACCUUGCGCAGCGUGCUGCACUUCGCUGCCAUGCUGCAGGCCAAGCAUCAGCACAAGGAGGCCCUGGGCCUGUGCCGCGAGGUCAUGGGGCGCUUUAAGAAGGACUUUGGCAUCGACCACCCGGACACCAUUACGGCAGAGGACUACCUAGCUGGCACCUUGGAGGCGGAGGGCCAGGUGGACGAGGCCCUGAAGUCCCGCCGCAAAGUGCUGGAGGCGCGCGAGCGCGUGCUGGGGCCCGACCACUGGGAUACGCUGAGCAGCCUGGACACCUUGGCCGCCUUGUUGCUGGCCACCGGCUCCCUGAAGGAGGCGGAGCAGAUGCAGCGCAGGGCGCUGGAGCUGCGAGUCCAGAAGUUGGGGGCUGACCACCACGAGACCUUGAAGAGCGCACGGGUCUUGGCCUCGUAUCUGAAGGCGGAGGGGGGCACCAUGCAGCUGGUCGAGGCCCAUGCGCUGCUGCAGGAGGCCAAGACGUCUCAGCAGCAGUUGCUGGGCUUGGACCACCAAGAGACCAUCACCUGCACUCACAUGCUGGCCUCUGUGCUGGCCUCCCUGGGCGAGCUGGACAAGGCCGAGUAUGAGUACGCGCAAGUCUUGGAGCUGCUGUCGAGGACCGCCGGCCCGGAGCAUUCGGAGACCCUGGAGGUGAUGCAGGACUUGGCGGCGCUCAAGGAGGCCGUGGCCCUGGAGGGCGGCAAGGGGUCCAGCACGGAGCUGGAAUCGGCGGAGAAGCUGGCCAGCCAGGCUGUGGACAAGCGGCGGGACAACAAAGCCGCGAAGAAGUCGCUGCUGCAGGAUGGGCGCAGCCAGCUGGCGUGUGUGAAGGUGCUGCGAGGUGACGACACGGAGGCCCAGACCAUCAUGGGCGGGGUGCUGAAGCACGACGCGACUUUGACGAAGGACGUGCGGCAUGAGGCGGCUGCUCAGGAGGCCCUGGGCAAUCAGGACAAGGCCGUGGAGUUGCUGCGCACGAUCCCGGACGAGAAGCCCUACGAGAUCAAGAAGCGCUGCGACGUCGCAGGUGGCCUGCUUCUUCAAUCGAGCCCCGAGGCGGAAGAUGAAGCCGAGUCGCUGUACACGCAGGCGGUGGAGAAGCUGUACCUCACGUCGCGGAUCCGGAUGACCGAGGUGAACGAGAUCAACAAUGACAGCUUGCAGGCGCUGGAUGGCCUCUCACGGCUCAUGGAGUCCAGAGGCGCCUACGGGGAGUCGGAGACGCUGCUGCAGAGGCGGCUGGCGGAGUGCUACGAUACCUUUGGCACAGAUCACCCGGAGACCUACGAGAACAUGCACCGCCUGGCGCGUGCGAAGGGUCACCCGGCCAAUAAGAAGCAGGAUGUCCAGGAGGCCGCGCGGCUUCUCAAAAAGGAAAUGCAGGGUGUGGAGAAAGCCAACGGCACGCAGUACCAGGAGGAUUCCAUGCUGAUCCAGAAGCGCCUGGACAAGCUGACCUCCAAGCGUCCUCGCGCAAGCUGAUCCUUUGCGCUCGGGCCCAGUGCCUCGGGAUGCCUCGAUGAGUUGAGGCACGUGACUGUAGAACCAAACAUCACAUUUUUUCUGAAUGGGUUUCUUCUGAGCCUUUGCUUGAUUCACCCAGCAGGG